AUGGCCACGAGACGGCAGUCUGCGAUCCCGCCUCAGUCCAAGAAAUCCAGACCGAACACAGCUGCAGCCCCGAAGCUGGAGAACACGCCGGCGUCUCUCAGCCUGCCGAAAGGAGAAAAAGAACAGCAAGAAGCAAUCGAACGUAUUGAUGAAGUACAAAAUGAAAUAGACAGACUUAAUGAACAAGCCAGUGAGGAGAUUUUGAAAAUAGAACAAAAAUAUAACAAACUCCGCCAACCGUUUUUUCAGACGAGGUCAGAACUGAUCGCCAAAAUUCCCCAUUUUUGGGUAACAACAUUUAUCAACCAUCCGCAAGUGUCGGCACUGCUUGGGGAAGAGGACGAAGAGGCCAUGCGUUAUUUGACCAGAGUCGAAGUGAUAGAAUUUGAAGACAUUAAAUCAGGUUACAGAAUAGAUUUUUAUUUUGAUGAAAAUCCUUACUUUGAGAAUAAAGUUCUCUCCAAAGAAUUUCAUCUGAAUGAGAGUGGUGACCCAUCUUCAAAGUCCACCGAAAUCAGAUGGAAAUCUGGAAAGGAUUUGACAAAGCGCUCAAGUCAAAUGCAGAGUGACAGCAACUGGCAGCAGGAAGAGCCAGAUAGCUUCUUUAUGUGGUUCGCUGACUAUCCUGAUGUAGAUGUAGAUGAGUUAGGAGAGGUCAUCAAAGAAGAUAUUUGGCCAAAUCCCUUGCAGUACUAUUUGUUUCCUGAUAUAGAUGAUGAUGAAGGAGAGGCGGAAGAUGAUGAAGAAGAGGAAGGUAUUGAUGAAGAUGAGUAUGAGGAUGACGGUAAAGAAGAUAAAGAUGAUGAAAAGAAGGAAGGAAAGGGGGAUAAAGGUGCGGAUGACUAG